GUUGGGCGGUGACUCAUGCCAUCAUCCUGGAAUCUCGCUAUAAAAACCCACGCGCCGGGUGGUUACUUGGGCACCGGCCUUCAACCUGGCCUCUGCUCUUGGCUUGGCUGCCGCAUUGGCAAAUUAAUCCAGAUACUUAUGGCGAUGGCCUCGCGGGCGCUCGCCGCGUGGCGGCAGCUCGGGCUCGUCGCUCUGCUGCCGCACCUCCUCCUCCUCCUCGACGCCGCCGGCGCGAGGCAGUGCUUCUGGCCGGGGCAGGCGCCCGAGGACCCCGGCUGCCUGAGCUGGCGCGUCAUGGUGGAGGCCAACAACGCCCGGGGGUGGCGCACGGUGCCCGCGCAGUGCGUCGGCUACGUCAAGGGGUACAUGACGCGGGGCCAGUACCUCAGGGACCUGGCCGGCGUCAUGGAGCAGGCGUCAGGCUACGCCGACCAGAUCGCCGCCGGCGCCGGCGCCGACCCCGACGGCCUCGACGCCUGGGUCUUCGACAUCGACGACACCUGCCUCUCCAACCUUCCCUACUACGAGACCAAGCAGUUCGGGGCGUACGAUCCGUCAGCCUUCAAGGCGUGGGCGAGCAAGGAGGCCUGCCAGGGGAUACCCCCGGUGCUCGGGCUGUUCAUGGCGCUGCUGGACAAGGGCUUCAAGGUCUUUCUCCUCUCCGGGCGGGACGAGGAGACGCUGGGCCCCUGCACGGCCGGGAACCUGGAAGCAGAGGGCUUCUUCGGGUACGAGAGGCUCAUCAUGAGGACCCCGGAGUACCGAGGGCAGAGCUCGUCGGUGUUCAAGUCGGCGAUGAGGAAGCAGCUCGUGGACGAAGGCUACAGGAUCCGCGGGAACGUCGGGGACCAGUGGAGCGACCUGCAGGGCGACUGCGCCGGCGACCGCGUGUUCAAGAUACCCAACCCCAUGUACUUCGUCCCUUGAGGCGAUUUUUUUUUCAGCCUUUACCUGCCUGACUGAACUCGUCAGGAAAUCAGGAUCAAACAAAUGAUGUAGUGAAUGAUGUAAACGGAUGGCUAAUGUGGAAGAAGCACAGGCCUUAAAGCAAAUAUAAUCGACGACGACGAAGAAGAAGAACACUUCUUCUUUUACUCCAA